AUGCACUUUUUCCAGGACUCGUUUCGGCAGUGCACCUUAGAGAAGGAAUUGUUUUCCAUAACCAUUGUUCGACUAAAUCUCCGCAAGGUUUACCUCUCAGGAGCCUCGUCAGACUCGGAGAGCUAUGGAUCUCCCUCGUCAGAAGAUGAGGAUCGUGGCGGUAGGAGUCGCAAUUUCACCUCCGGGAAGACGGCUGCUCAGUUGGCACGCACCAAACCUGCGCUGUUCGAAUCUAAACGACCUGCCGUUCUUAUCGGUGGGCUCACCCUUGUGGCCUUCUGUGAUCCCAAGAAGCGUCGCAGGCGCUUUCGUGACCGUCCGCGCAGAUGGCAACGCAGCAGUCGAUCGAAGUCGCGGUCGUCUAGUUCAGAAGGCUCCCGUGGCUCCAGUAGUGGCAGCAGUCGUCGAGGUCGUCACAGUCACCGAAACCGGAGUGCUAAACGUUCAAAAGUGGAGUACAUCACCACCUUCGGUAAUGAGGACGAGGAUGAUGAUUUAACCGAGCGGAGGGAUUUCCCCCUAUCCCACCUUCCGGGAAUGGCUGCCGGACGUCCGAGCGAUGCUGCCUCGAAAGUAGCCGCUUCUGUCGUAUCCUCAUUGUUCAAAGACGCCUCAGCCGCUGCUGCUCAUAACAAAAAGACAGCAGACAGUGUUCGGAUGAAACCGAAUGUAACUGGUUCUAUCAGGUUGGGUGUUGUUUUUUUUGAAGUCGUUGCGCUUCUGGAAAUUCAUUCUUUAUAA